AUGAUAAGAAGGAGAUCGGUUUCAAGCAUUCUUGGCAAUCAAAAAAAAAAUGAACGUAGACGUUCGUUCCAAAAACCUCGCAAAAAGAAGAAAGUUCCUUGUUAUUGCAAUAAUUGUAAUGGAAAAUUGGUAUUGGAACAAACAAAGCUUCUACAUGAGACAGGAGGUGAAACGAAUGAUUCGAAUGAAGAUGAAUCAAGUGAGGAUGAAGCUCUUUCGAUAAUUCAAGAAACUAGUGAACAAGACAUUACCGAAAAUAUUGAAUUACUUCAAGUAAAUGUUGACGUUCAUCAGACUUUGACAUCAGGGUCGGAUUUCGGGAAAUACACCAAAAGUCAAAGGUUACAAAUACCUAGAGACAUAGAUGUUAAUUAUUCUUUUUUACCUCAGAGACGCGUAAGAUAUACAAGCCAUCCUAUGCCUCAAUCAACAAGUUUGAAUAUCGAAUCAGACGUAUAUAAUACUAGCGAACAAAACACUGGGUAG